ACAGGAGGAACCAGAAACCUGGAGAAUAAAACACGAGGAACAAGGAGAGUUAAUUGAAGAAAAAGAGGAGAAUGAAGAAUCAAAUGAAGUUGAGGAGAAAAAUCAUGUCAAAACUGGAGGAAAACCAAUGAGUUGCACUCAAACCAAACCGAAAGAUUUAAAGAAAAAAAGAGUCAAGAAAUCUUUCACCUGCACUCAGUGUGGAAAGAGAUUCACACACAAAACAGGUUUUGAGCGUCACAUGAGAAUUCAUACUGGAGCAAAACCAGUCUCUUGUGAUCAGUGCGGGAAGUGUUUCAAACAAUCCGCAAACCUGAAGAGACACAUGAACAUCCACACUGGUGAGAAGCAGCACGCAUGUGAUCAAUGCGGUAAAAUGUUUUUAUGGGUUUCACUUUUGAAGAAACACUUAAAAGUUCAUGCAGAGGAGAAGCCACAUCCAUGUCAUUUGUGUGGUAAUAGGUUUUUUUCAGUGAGCAGUUUAAAACAGCACCAGAGGAUCCACACUGGAGAGAAACCUUAUAAGUGUGCACACUGUUACAAGAGAUUCAGUCAGUCAGCAAGUCUGAAAAGACAUGAGAGGAUUCACACUGGCGAGAAACCUUAUAAGUGUUCACACUGUCACAAGAGAUUCAGUGAUACGGCAAGUCUGAAAAGACAUGAGAGGAUUCACACUGGCGAGAAACCUUAUAAGUGUUCACACUGUUACAAGAGAUUCAGUGCGUCAGCAUAUCUGAAAACACAUGAGAGUAUUCACACUGGCGAGAAACCUUAUAAGUGUUCACACUGUAACAAGAGAUUCAGUCAGUCAGCAAGUCUGAAAAAACACGAGAGGAUUCACACUGGAGAGAAACCGUAUAAGUGUUCACACUGUGACAAGAGAUUCAGUCAGUCAGCAAGUCUGAAAAAACACGAGAGGAUCCACACUGGAGAGAAACCUUAUAAGUGUGCACACUGUGACAAGAGAUUCAAUGUUUCAUCAAAUCUGAAAAAACACGAGAGGAUUCACACUGGAGAGGAACCGUAUCACUGCACUGUACGUGGGAAGCAUUUAAUUUAGUCAUUUGUUAUACACAGUCAUAUAAAACAAUCACAGUAAGGCCCCGUACAAACGGAGACACAUUUAGCUGUAUAUGUACAUUUUUCCUGUGGUAUAUAUGUUUUGUCCAGAGAAAUCCGGUGUUUUGGGAGAGUGAAAUCCCUAUUUCUUGAAACUGGGUCCCAGAGUGCAUAAAUCUUAAAAUGACACCUUUGCAUUUUCAUGUGUACAGCCAAUCCGUAUAUUUUGUGAAACAAUGAUGUCAUCACCCCACGUCUCAACCCUACGUCAUGUAACACAAACAACAACAACAAUGGAAGACUACAUGUUUGUGUUCAUGCUGCAGAAGAGCAAAGAGAAUAGAUGAGUGUCAGCGAAAGUGAACUAGACUUUCAGUGAAAAUGUUCUUUGAUAAUGUAAAUGUUCUCUGCUCUGUUUCUGUACAGUGAAAGUGACAUGAUAAGCAGGGGCGGGUUUAGUGAUUUGGGGGCCCCAAGCAAAAUACAGGAAUUGGGCCCUAUACACUAAACAAUUUUCUACACAAUCCAAGGUUGAUAAAAUUAUAAACUUUAAAAUAAAUUUAUUUUAUUUACAAAUUUAAACUGAACUGAAGGAAAUUAUGCAUUUAGAUGCUUGAGGAUUAUUUCAAGCAAACAUGAAGUGUGCUUGUUCCUUCACAGAAAUGAGUGAGCACCAUUUAAAACAAUAAACAUAUAAUACACACUGUUGCUUAUUAUUAAAAUACAGCUUCAGAUGCAUGACAUUUUCAUUUGUAGGGUCCUAUGAAAUCCAUUUUAAUUGUUAACAGCAGCAGCUGUCGUCAUAGUUGUAAAAGUUGUUGAAGCUUUGUUGGCCACGCUAAAAUAAAUAGACAUAGUUAAUUUCAGUCUGCCUUUUACCCCUGAUUUGUGGCUGUCAGCUUGCAUGUGAUUUUACAAUCUUAAUUUCCAUUGCUCCCAGCUUAAAUACCGUUUUACAGACGCAGCAAAAUCCUUCCCCGUUUUGCCCAUCAAUGGGCUGCAACCAAACUGUUCACCUUCCAGCCACUUCUUCUGGAAUUUGCUCUUUCCCAUUUUUCUGCUUUUAUUUCCAUGUCAGUUAGCUGUUUUCCAAAAACCUGCAUAAUGACAAUUUUGCACCGGCCGGAAGC